AUGGCUGCUGUCGUAUAUGAUGAAGAUGUCGAUCGAUUUGAUCCUCUACUCGUAGAGGGGCGGGUAUAUUAUGUGUGGCAGAUGCUCGCAGAACCAAUUGUCAGAGAUGGGGACUAUUUGUUUGCAGAUAGUCACUUUGUGUAUCAUUUCAGCUCAGUGACAAUAAUCAAUGAGAUAAGAAAUGUCAAUGAGCAGCUGACCCCAUUGUUCCCUCCAUUUAUGCCUUUUGACAAAGUUUGUGAGUUCACCCUUGAUAAUAAUACAUAUGUUGAUGUCAUUGGCAUGGUUUUGUUUGUAAGUUCUAUGGGACACAAGGACAGUUUCUACGACCGAAGGAUCCCAGUGAGAAAUAUCGUUCUGCUAGAUGACACGUAUAUCUAUCUUAUGGUUUAGAAUUAUUUGAAUA